GACGACGUAUGCACUUUGGACCGUAGACUCCGGGUGUGACGUAACGCUCCCCCACCCCGCCCGGUGGCGUGCGGUAUAAACGCUUGCAUAGAAUUACGAAACGGUCAGUACGCUUGGCUCGGCUUGGCUACGUCGGUGGUGGUUUUAUGCUCUCGUGCAAGCCCUCGUGCUCCCGUCCGUCGUGUCCGGUGUGUUCCUCGCGAAACUGCCUCUCGUUCUCCGCUGUCCCCGCGGUGUUUCCAGUCUGCCUCAUCAGCUCUCGCGGGACCUGAGACGCGCGUCCUCGCCUGACCGCAACGACAAUGGACAAUCCGACCUGUAAGAUACACAACUCGGACGACUUCAACCGGAUCACCAAGGGGAUCAAGGUUGCGCGGUGCAUGCAGACGUCCUCGUGCUCCGAACCCGACACGGCGCAAGUGUUUACUGAGCUGGUGGUGUCCGACUCCCUGUGUUGUUCCUACUGCAACACCGAGUUCGAGGACAAGGUGCAGCAGAGGCUUCACUACAAGCUCGACUGGCAUCGUUACAACCUGAAGCAACACCUGAAUGGCCUCAAGUCCAUCAGCGAGGACAGUUUCAACAAGCUGGCCGGUGAUGGUGACAUGUCUAGCUUGUCCGGCAGCGAGCUGGAGUCUGACAAUGAAGACGACACUGGCACUUCGGAGACCGGGACUUCCAACGAUCAGGCGAAGAACGAGCCGGCGAGUAGAAACAGCGUGCAGCCUGGUAGGUCCAAGAAGACCUCGGAGAGGCGCGGGAAGACGGUCGAGUCCGACUCGGACAUCGAGUACAUCGACGAGAUAACGAAGGAGCAGAAGCUGCAGGCGGUCGCCAGCCGUCACACGAAGGUGUUCUUCGAGAACGACGACGGCAACAUAUUCAGCAUCUACCGGUGCCUGCUGCACCACAAAAAGGACAUUCCCCAGAAGGAUAGCGAGAUGAUUGUGCAGGCACUGGACAGUGGCAAGAUGACCAAGUGGACGGUCAUCAUGAUCGGUGGUGGUCACUUUGCUGCGGCUGUGUUUCAGAACGGUGAACCGAUCGUGCACAAGACCUUCCAUUCGUACACCGUACGGGCGAGGCAAGGGUUCGCCCAGAGCUCCCGCGCGAACGGCGCGAAGAGCGCCGGUGCAAGUUUGCGAAGAUACAACGAGAUUUCGCUCAUUCAACACGUGCAGGAGAUACUGGAGUCGUGGUCGACGCAUAUCAGUAACUCCUCGGUGAUCCUGUACCGGGCGGUCGGCCGGUACAACCGCACGGUGCUGUUUGGCGGGAAGAAUCCUCCCUUGGACAAGAACGACUUCAGGAUAAGACCGCUGCCGUUCCCCACGCGCCGGGCCACGUUCAAGGAGGUGAUGCGGGUGUACGACAUAGUGAGCACCAUGGAGAUCUACGGCUCCGCGAAAGAUUUCACGGACUGCUUCCCGAACUCCCCGCGGCAGCCCGCGCGCAAGAAGGCCUCGAAGCUGGAGGUGAUGAGCGGGAUACCCGAGGGGGCUGUUAGCGCCGACCACAACUCCCCGGAGAGUAACGAUAAGAUUAAAACGCCCACGGCGCAGUUCACGCCGGAGAGGCAGCACCGGAACUCCCGGCCGCCGAUAGACCGGGCGAAGCCGAGGAAAAGCCCGAAUCGGCCGCUGCCAGAUUACAUCCUCCAGCUGGCUCAGUCGUCCUCCGAGUCGGAGGACUCGAAGCACAACCCCGCGAACAUUGCCCUGGUCGAGCAGGACUGCGAAGUGGAUUUCGUCGAGAACCUGCUGGCGUUCCAGGACACCGUGCCGAGGUACUUGAAGAACAAGAAGGCCUAUCGGCAGAAGAAGAAGGUGAAGAAGGAAGCUCCCGUGAUCAACGAGGUCUUGCUGGACGCUAAAACGAAGCUGUGGAACGCGUGCAAGGUGGGCGACGUCGAGCUGCUGACGUCGGUCGUCGACACGCUGCUGGCCAAAGCUAAGGAGUGCGGGCAGCAGGAUCGGAAGGACGACGCGGCGUCGUCCAACGCGGCUCUCGUGAACACGGAGGACGUGGCGAAGUUGCUCAACGACACCAACGAGGACGGCAACACGCUGCUGCACCUAGCGGCGCUCGGUGGCCACCACGACCAAGUAUGGUUGCUGAUGGAGAGCGGCUCGAAUCCCUGCAGCAAGAACAAGAAGCUGCAGACGCCAUACGCAGCGGCGAGCGACAAGAAGACGAGGAACACGUUCAGAAGAUUCAUGCAGGCGAAUCCGGAGAAGUUCAAUUAUCAGAAGUCGCAGAUACCCGGGCCGCUGAGCGACGAGAUCGAGCAGGCGGAGGCGGAGAAGAAGCGGCAGCUGAGGAAGCUGAAGCGUUUCAAGGAGAAAGAGAGGAGGAAGGAGUUCGAGCUGAAGAAGCAGGAGGAGAAUGAGAAGCAGAGGUUCUUGAAUCUCCCCGACAAGGAGAAGAGAGCACUGCUCGUGGGGACUCGGAUGCUGAGCGCGGGCUACACCGCGCUCUCUCGUUGCUUCCAGUGUGCCAUCGACAUGAACGGCCUGGUGCCCUUCGAAUACGACAACAAUCGCUUCUGCUCGAUGCCGUGCCUCAAGGAGCACCGUCUUCACAAAAAGACUGUUAUCUGAUGGUGCAUCAUGUCUAGCUAAACCAACUACUUUAUACUAUACACGUCAAUUACGCACACUGUCGUGGACAUGAUCGGCGAGUCAUGUUCCGGGUUCAUCAAUUCAGUCAUUCGGGACGAUGACUGAAUAAUCGGACGGGGGGCCGAGGUCGCUGAACGAAUAGUGAUAAUAACGAAAUAAUAAUGAUGGAUCUGAUUUUUCUGAUGAGUAUCAUAUUGUUACGUAUCACUAUCGCGUAUUGAUGAUAAUGGAUGAAUGCAUGUACGUCGCAUUCGUUAUCGCAAUAACGGGAAGGAAACGUGUGACCGACCACGUGGUAUUAUUUAUGAUACGAUAUAAUUUAUGAUAUUACGUAUGUAAUAUAUAACCGUUUAUAUGUAAAUAAAUGUACCGCAAUAAUGAUGAUGAGGAAACUUGUUAAACAUUUUCGCAUAUUGUUUUCUAAUAAAUCAUGAUUUGUAGCAAGCA